CAAGGGGUAUAUAUCUACUUAAAUACCCAGGUAAGUACGUAAAACUUAUUUGUUCAUAAUUACAAUUUAACACUCGAUCGCCUUCCCAUUGCAAACCUCACUCCCAAGCCCGACCGGUAUAGAUUGAAUAUCAGGCGAUUUAAAACAGGUCAUUGUGAAGACGUAUUUGGUCCUAUUUAAGAUGAGUGAAUUCAAACUUCUAAAGACCCUUGGGGUGGGACAGGGCAUUACCAUGCAAAUUAAAAUUGACGAAGCCGAGCCGGAAGAUUCGAUCAAUAGAUAUGCCAUGGACACUAUCAGUAUCGGCGAAGAAGCUCUCUAUAUCCCACCCCAUUGGCACAAGGAUCAUGCAGAGCACCUGAGCGUCCUCGAAGGGAGAUUGGAAAUCACUCUCAACGGAGAGAAGAUUAUUUUGAAAGCUGGAGAUCCCGAGGUACUCAUACCUCGUCGGGUCGUCCAUGGUGUCAGGGGUUUCAAAGGCGAAAGACUCUGUUUCCGGGAGAGACCAGACCCUGCGGGCAUGUACAAGGCUUUAUUCUUCAAUGAUGUUUUUUCGAAGGGGAAAUUUGGAAACAUUUGGCACCUACUAAGGGCUUUCUACGAUGCGGAAACAUACCUCGCCUUGCCUCUAUACUUCCGAUUUUUUGAUGAAGUGUUCAUCACGGUGUUCGGAGGCAUUGCCCAUCUCUUCGCACCCCCAAAGCCCGAUAGGCUAUAGAGAGGCUUUUGAAUGAGGUAUCAGGUGAUCAUUCAAGGUACAACAUAGAUUGAACAGUUGGAACGUAUUCGAGUU